CUGGAACGGAAACCAGACCCAGGCGGCACGUCAAUCCCGCACUUUUAUUCACUUCUAACCGCCUCUCCUUUCCUUGUUCCCUUUCGCCCAUCUUGACCACGAUUGCCACCACCCGCCCUUGACGAUGUCUGUGCAAACGACGCCCUCGGCCGCGAAGCAGCCUGCGGGCCAGGCGAACGGCAUACCAGUCGAGUUCAUGUUCAAGCAGAUCAUGGAGGCGGUCCACAACUCGCAUCUCGAGAUUGCAGAGUUGCGCUCGGAGUGCCAUGAGCUGAGGCAAGCGAACGCGAGCCUUGAACGGAUGCUGCGCGAAGGACUGUACAACAGUGGAUCACGAGCGGUGACGCCUGGCUUCACGACCCCCGGCUUCGUGACCCCCGCACCAGGCAGUCCUCAACUUCGAGCCAAGUCCCCUUUCCUCAGCCCAGGAUCCAUCCCUUCGAUAUCCGUCCCUCCGCAGAUCUACGUUCCCUCUCCCCUCUCUGACAAUGCACUCACUAACGCCUUCCCCUUCGGCAUCCGUGAGAUCCCCGGCUUCUAUGUCGUCAUCCCUGCUGGUGGUGCGGGGACACGCCUGUGGCCACUCUCGCGCGAGGAACACCCGAAGUUCCUGCUGGACCUGACGCUCAAGGGCCGCUCGCUCAUCCAGGCGACGUGGGACCGUCUGAUCCCGCUCACCUCCGCAACGCGUACGACGAUCGUCGCGGGCCCGGCGCACGUCAAGAGCAUCACUGAGCAGCUGCCCGAAUUGCUGCACCACAAUCUGUUCACCGAACCAAGCGCGAAGGACUCGAUGGCCGCCAUUGGUCUCGCGGCGGCCGUGCUCGCGAGGCGGGACCCGAACGCCGUCAUCGGCUCCUUCGCCGCGGACCACAUGAUUUCCGGCGACGACGCGUUCCUGUCCGCCGUCGCGGAGGCGGUCGAGGUUGCGAGGAAGGACUAUCUCGUCACCAUCGGUAUCGCGCCGUCGCACCCGUCCACGGGCUUCGGGUACGUCCGUCUGGGCGAGAAGCUUAGCUUCCCAGAUGCACCGAAUGCCCGACUGGUGUCGAGCUUCAAGGAGAAGCCAGACGCUCGCACAGCGGCGGCGUACAUCAAGACGGGGUCGUACCGCUGGAACGCGGGUAUGUUCGUGACGAAGGCGGCGUUCUUGAUGCAGCUAUUGAAGGAGUACAAGCCCGAACUGCACGACGGCCUGCAGCGCAUUGCGCAGUGCUGGGACGACGAGAAGCUGAGGCAGAAAGUGCUCAGCGAAGUAUGGCCGGGUCUUGAGAAAAUUGCUAUUGACCACGCUGUGGCUGAACCUGCUGCGCUUGACAGGAGGGUCGCCGUUGUUCCUGCUACCUUCGGUUGGGACGAUGUCGGAGACUUCUCCUCCCUCGCUGAUCUUCUGCCUGCGGAAUCGAACCAGCCCCGUAUCCUGGGAGACAACUCGCUCGUGCUCACCGAGCAGGCCGCUGGUGGCAUUGUGGUGCCUGGCUCUGGACGGCUGGUCUCGCUCUUAGGUGUGGAUGAUUUGGUGAUUGUCGACAUGCCCGACACGUUGCUCGUCACUACGCGGGCGCGCUCGCAGGAGGUGAAGCGACUCGUGAAGAAGUGCAAGGAUGCAGGCUUCAAGCACCUACUCUAAAGUGCGACGCUUCGCACGCACGUGUAGAUGGGUCGAUUCGUGGUAUAGGCGGAGGGUGUGUCAGCUUGGAUAUUGUAGGGCAGUGGUGAUCGCGGACACCAAGUAAUCUAUCGCAAGCCUCUGGAGCGUUACAGCCGUGGUCGCUAGCUUCGUUUUCUUGUCUUGUCAGCGCAUUUGGCGACUUGUCACAGACCUCUAUACCUUUCUCUUCUUUCUAAUGUGGACGUCACUACUGUGUGUACAGAUUAUACGAGCUGCUGGCAGUUAUGCGUGGCAUCGAAACGAAGUGUCAAUCAGCCAUGGGUGAGGAGACCGCAUCAGCAUCUGUUCAUCUCCAUGCAAGAUCCCAGCUUGAGUGUACUUAUAUAUGGCGAUCUGGAGGAUCCAUGGC